AUGAUAGAUAUGGGGGGAGCAUCAACCCAAAUAGCUUUUGAACUCCCUCUUAAUUUAAAUGAACAACAAAGUCAGGAUGAAAACGAAAAUAUUCAAAUAAUUCAAUUAAUUUCCUCAACAAAACAAUUUUUAUUUAAAAUUUUUGUAACAACCUUUCUCGGUUUUGGAGUAAAUGAAGGGGCUAAAAAAUAUGAAAAAUUAUUGUGGUCAAAAAUUAAUGAUGGAAGGAAUUUGUCUGAAAAGGAAAUUAUUUUGGAUGGAUGUUUACCUAAAGAUUUUUUGAAAUUAACUUCUAUUGAAGAUGAAGAGGAUGGACAACAAUUUAUUAGAAAAGGUGAUGGACAAUGGGAUAAUUGUGUUCAAGAUAUUGCUGAUUUAAUUUUUGAUAAACACAAAGAAUGCCCAAAAACUAAAAAAUGUUUUUUUGGCGGUGUAAAAAUUCCAAAAGGAGUUUCUUUAUCAGAUUUUGAAUUAUAUGGAUUUAGUGAAUAUUGGUUUAGUGUAGAUGAUGUUCUUUCUUUGGGGGGAAUUUAUGAUCAUGAUAUUUUUGAAGAAAAAGCUAAACAAUUUUGUAGGCAAACAUGGAGAGAAAUUAAGAAAAAAGUUCGUGCAAAACAAUAUCCAAAAGCAGAUCGUGACAGAAUUGAAACACAAUGUUUUAAAUCAGCAUGGAUCCAUGCAAUUUUACAUAAUGGAUUUUAUGUUGAAGAAAAAAGGAAUCAUUUCCAAAGUGCUUUUAAAAUUAAAGGACAAGAAGUACAAUGGGCUUUGGGGGCAAUGAUUUAUCAAAUGAGAGACUUUCCAGUUAAAGCCAGUGGAUCCGCAGAAUUAAGAUCAACUAUUCAAUUAUCAAAUUACACUUGGAUUAUUCUUUAUUUAUUUUCUUUUAUUAUUGUUGUUGCUUUUAUUUGGAAAACUUAUCAAAUUAGGAAGAAACAAUUAAAUGGAAAUUCUAGAUUAUAUCGUUAUAGAAGGCUGGACAGGGGAUUAACUCAAAAUAUGGCAUAA